AUGAUUAACUUGAAAACAGAGAAAAUACACAUAAAGUGUUCUGAUUGAGUUUGGACUUUAUUCCAGGCUAUUCAGAUCUCAAUCAUCGGGCUCAUGACUUGGUCUCUCUUAUCAGAAGAUUGGCUGAAACUCGGGUUUUCUGGCCAAUAUUAUGAUUUGAGAUGGACAGGCUCUUUGAACUCAGUUCACAAGGGCCUAGGAGGUCUUAAAGGCACUUCAUACUCUGACUUAUUUAAGGCGUACUGCAGCAGAAGUGAUUUGUCCCAAGACAUCCAAAUCAACGAGUCAACUUGGUGCAAAAUGUUUGCGUCCCUUUGGGUAAGCGAAAUUGUUUACGUCCUAUUCGAAGUUGUGGCGAUGCUAUUAAUGGUCAGUUGGACCAUUUCCCUGAGACUUGCUUUAAAGACCAACAAAUUAAGGCGAGUCCCUGGCAUAUGCUCGGCCAAUGGAGCAUGGGUUUUGCAUGUAGCCGGAUUCAUCACGUGGAUGGUUCUGUCUCGUGCAAAUUUCAGUGGAGACUGCAACAAGGAAAGUGAUGGAAAAUCACCUCCUAAACUUUGCGCUCUUACUGGCCCUACUAUUGCUCUGGCCUUGGCAAUAAUAAUGCCUAUCUUGGCAAUAUCAUAUCCAUUCCUCAUAAGAUGCCUUACAAAAUCGGUUGAAACUCAGUCCGCCAUUCCUAAGCAGCCUGAAGGGAAGAUGAUAGAAGUCACAGUAUAA